CGCGGAGGGCGUGGGAGCCCGGGAGCGCAGGACGCAGGGGUCGCGGCGGAACCGCGCCUCGGCCGCCGCGGGGCGGGGGGUGGACCCACCUCCCGGUCUCCCGGGGAAACGGACGCGGGGACCUCGCGACGGCGCACGCGUUCUCGCCGGGGACCCGCGGGCACGCGGCCGGGCUGAGCCCCUCCGCCCCGCCCUCCGCCCCCAGCCGAGACCCCGCCCUGAAGGGGGCGAUCGGGUCACGGUCGCGGGGCUCCGGCUUCUGCUCCCCGAGGCUCUCGGCCGACGGGGGACCGCGGCACCUGGGUGGCUCCCGCCCGGGGCUCCGCCCCGCGAGCGGUCAAGAACUUUCCCCGGAGCCUCCGCGGCCUGGCGCCCCGGCCCCCGCGGUGCCCGCCCGCAGGUCCCCCGACGCCUGGCUUCGCGGGACGCUCGCCGGGAGCGGCGCUCGGUCCCCAGGAAGCUUGCGCUCGGCCGUCGCCGCGGGAUGAGUUCGGGGACCCCCGGACGGAAGCCGCGGCCCGCCAGCAGCUGACCGCGGUGAGGAGCCCCGGCCGGUCCUCCGCGCCCCCGGAGCUGGCUGUGACAGCGGCCCCGCGCCCCAGGUCGCCGCCCAGGUCUUCGCCGGAGGAGCCGCCGCCGCAGGAUGCGCGGGGACGCGCCGCCCCGGGUGCCCCGUUCCGCGCACGCCUCUCGGGUGGCCCCGGGUUCCUGACGCGUGCUCGCCCUCCGAGCAUCCCGGGGCUACCCUCUCCGUGACCUCCGGACCCCGGACCUCGCCCCUCCGGGUGGGGAGGGGGGACCCCGGCCAGACCCGCGCCUCUCGCCCCCCGCGCGCGGCGCACACCAUAGAUUAAUGCUUGGCGCUUGAGGAGGUGGGGGAGGAGGAGGAGGAGGCUGCGGGCGCCGCGGACGCCGCUCUCGCCCGGCUGGAGACGACGCUUUUCGGCCGACAUGGGCUGCUUCUGCGCCGUCCCGGAAGAAUUUUACUGCGAAGUUUUGCUCCUGGACGAGUCCAAGCUGACCCUCACCACCCAGCAGCAGGGCAUCAAGAAGUCGACAAAAGGUUCCGUUGUCCUUGACCAUGUUUUCCGUCACAUAAACCUCGUGGAGAUAGAUUAUUUUGGGCUGCGAUACUGUGACAGAAGCCAUCAGACAUAUUGGCUGGAUCCCGCAAAGACUCUUGCAGAGCACAAGGAGCUAAUCAACACUGGACCUCCAUAUACUUUGUAUUUUGGUAUUAAAUUCUAUGCUGAAGAUCCAUGUAAACUAAAAGAAGAAAUAACCAGAUAUCAGUUUUUCUUACAGGUGAAGCAAGAUGCCCUUCAGGGCCGGCUGCCCUGCCCUGUCAACAUUGCUGCUCAGCUGGGCGCAUACGCCAUCCAGGCUGAACUUGGCGAUCACGACCCAUGUAAACAUACGGCGGGCUACGUGUCUGAGUACCGGUUUGUUCCUGAUCAGAAGGAGGAGCUGGAAGAAGCCAUUGAGAGGAUCCAUAAGACUCUGACGGGUCAGGCGCCUUCGGAAGCCGAGCUGAAUUACCUGCGGAUUGCCAAAUCCCUGGAGAUGUACGGUGUUGACCUCCAUCCUGUCUACGGGGAAAACAAGUCCGAGUAUUUCUUAGGAUUAACUCCGGUGGCCGUGGUUGUCUAUAAGAAUAAAAAACAAGUGGGGAAGUAUUUCUGGCCUCGGAUUACAAAGGUGCACUUCAAGGAAACCCAGUUUGAACUCAGAGUCUUGGGGAAAGAUUGUAACGAAACCUCGUUCUUUUUUGAGGCUCGAAGCAAAACUGCCUGCAAGCACCUCUGGAAGUGCAGCGUGGAGCACCACACAUUUUUCAGAAUGCCAGAAACAGAGUCAAAUUCAUUGUCAAGAAAACUCAGCAAGUUUGGGUCCAUAAGUUAUAAGCAUCGGUACAGUGGCAGGACAGCCUUGCAAAUGAGCCGAGAUCUUUCCAUCCAACUUCCCCGGCCCAAUCAGAUCGUGGUGAGAAGUCGAAGCAAGACUUACCCCAAGAGGGUAGCACAGACACAGCCAGCUGGAUCAAACAACAUAAGUCGGAUAACUGCAAACAUGGAAAAUGGGGAGAAUGAAGGGACAACUAAAAUUAUUGCACCCUCCCCAGUGAAAAGUUCUAAGAAAGCAAAGAAUGAAAACAGCCCUGACACCCAAAGAAGCAAAUCUCAUGCGCCCUGGGAAGACAAUGGACCCCAGAGUGGACUCUACAACUCUUCCAGUGAUCGCACCAAGUCCCCAAAGUUUCCCUGCACCCGGCAGCGUAACCUCUCAUGCGGCAGUGACAAUGACUCCACGCAGCCAAUGAGGCGAAGGAAAACUCACAACAGUGGCGAGGACUCAGAUCUAAAGCAAAGGAGGAGGUCUCGCUCACGCUGUAACACAAGCAGUGGUAGUGAGUCAGAAAAUUCUAACAGAGAGCACCGGAAGAAGAGAAACAGAGUGCGACAGGAGAACGACAUGGUGGAUUCAGCGCCUCAGUGGGAAGCUGUGUUAAGGAGACAGAAGGAGAAGAACCAAGUGGAUCCUAACAACAGGCGCUCAAGACACAGAUCUCGCUCAAGAAGUCCUGAUAUCCAAGCAAAGGAAGAGCUGUGGAAGCACAUCCAGAAGGAACUUGUGGACCCAUCUGGACUGUCAGAAGAGCAGUUGAAAGAGAUCCCGUACACAAAAGUAGAGACUCAGGGUGACCCUGUCCGCAUCAGGCAUGCGCACUCGCCGCGGAGUUACAGGCAGUACCGCAGAUCCCAGUGUUCCGACGGAGAGCGGUCCGUCCUCUCGGAAGUGAACUCAAAAACAGAUCUUGUACCGCCGCUUCCGGUCACCCGUUCCUCAGACGCUCAGGGGUGUGGUGGCUUUACAGUUCAUCAGAGAAGAAAUGGGUCUAGAGACAGCCUGAUUGAAGAAAAAUCUCAGCUCUCUACAAUCAAUCUGGCUGGAAAGCACACAGCAAAAACAAUAAAAACUAUCCAGGCUGCCCACCUCAAGACAGAGACUUGACCUGGUGAAGGGGCAAAGGGCAGGAGUAGAAAUGCUGUGUGCCACUGGUGAUUUUGAUACUGUGAAUUAGAUUACUAUCCACAUCUUGGACAUAUGUCCAUAGCACAUUAAAAAAGGCAUCUUCUAAGGGUUUAUGCACAGCAAUCUUGUGCUGUGGGGCCAGCUGACUGGAAGGAUACCCAUAUGAACUCGCUGGAUGCCGUGAUCUUUUCUGAAAGCCUAACCAUCUUAACUCCAUGUGUCUCACCUCUCCACCUCUCUACCACAGCCAAGACCAGAUGCUUCUGCUGAGGCCCUGGACUCCGGCCUGCAUCAGACUGUAGUGACUUUUAUUCCCUUAAAGCUGUUUGUUAAUAUUGUAUUUUGUGGCAUCAAGUCCCAAUGGUUAUUUACAAAUUAAUGUAAAAAGGUGUUAAGUGUUUGAAUUUAAGUGUCUUUUGUCUUGUGUUUUCUGAGAGAAAAAGAAAAAAGCCUGUGUAGACUUUGUCCCACAUCCAACACACCUGGCCUCCCAUGUUACCAAAAGUUUUGGACCUUUUCUCUGCUCAAGAGUUGAGAGGGCCAGUACCCAAACAGAACCCUCUGUACUGUGCCAUCAGCUGUGGCUCAUCUCUAGCUUCCUUGGAAUCCUAUCCCUCUUCACUUUGAAUACAAGGUCUCAGUUACCCAACAUUACUCCACAUGCCUCCAGCUGUUCCCUGAAGGACUAUCUUCGCCAUCUUAAUGCUCAUCAAAACUCCUCUCAACAGCAGACUGCUCCUUGAACAGUGCUCGCCAAACUCUACCCCCAACUGCUGAGGUUGAACUGUGGCCUUUACUCCCACACCAAUAAAACCAAAUCCAAGGAUUCCUCCCCGCUCAGUACCCUAAGCUUCACCUAUGUUCAGUCCUUUCCUACUGCAACUCUCGUGUUUCCACCCUUUGUAGCUUACCUCACUGUGAUAACCUCACCUACCUGCCUGGAACUGGCCUAGCCAGGCUCCCAUCUUGCUUUAAUAAAACCCAAGCCUUAGCA